AUGUCCAAGCAGAGAGGAGUCAACAGCCUGCAGUUCAACCAGGACCACAGUUGUUUCUGCUGCUCCAUGGAGUCGGGCGUCAGGAUCUACAACGUGGAACCACUCAUGGAGAAAGGACAUCUGGAUCGCGAGCAGGUGGGUGGCGUGGCGUUGUGCUCCAUGCUGCAUCGCUCCAACCUGUUGGCCUUGGUCGGGGGUGGCGUCAACCCCAAGUUCUCAGACAUAUCAGUGCUGAUCUGGGACGAUGCGCGGGAGUGUCGGGAGGCCAAAGACAAGCUUGUGCUGGAGUUCACCUUUACUAAGCCGGUGCUGGCCGUCCGCAUGCGACACGACAAGAUCGUCAUCGUGUUGAAGAACAGGAUCUACGUGUACACAUUUCCCGACAAACCGCAGAAGCUGUUUGAGUUCGAUACGAGAGACAACCCUAAAGGUCUGUGCGACUUAUGUCCUGGCGCAGACAAACAGCUGCUGCUCUUCCCUGGACACAAGUGCGGAAGUCUGCAGCUGGCGGAUCUUUCCAACACCAAACCGGGAACGUCGUCGGCGCCGUUCACCAUCAACGCGCACCAGAGUGAGAUCGCCUGCGUGGCGCUCAACCAACCGGGCAGUGUGGCCGCUUCUGCCUCACGCAAGGGGACGCUCAUCCGACUCUUUGACACUAGCAGCCGCGACAAACUGGUGGAGCUUCGGCGAGGCACAGACCCAGCCACGCUCUACUGCAUCAACUUCAGUCACGAUUCCUCGUUCUUGUGCGCAUCAAGCGACAAAGGGACGGUCCACAUCUUUGCCCUGAAAGACACAAAACUCAACCGGCGCUCAGCGUUGGCACGCGUGGGCAAGGUGGGCCCCGUGAUCGGUCAGUAUGUGGACAGCCAGUGGUCGCUGGCCAGUUUCACCGUGCCCGCCGAGUGCGCUUGCAUUUGCGCCUUUGGGAAGAACACAUCCAAGAACGUCAACUCCGUCAUCGCCAUCUGCGUGGACGGCACCUUCCACAAGUACGUCUUCACGCCCGACGGCAACUGCAACCGAGAGGCCUUCGACGUCUACUUGGACAUUUGCGACGAUGACGACUUCUGA